UGAACUGAUAUGGAAAAAAAUACAAAAGCGUAAUUAUAAAAACUGUCGUAUUCCAUCGGUGAAAAACAACCAAUCACAUCGGUGCGCACCUGGACGCGCUUUCUGUAUUAUUUUGCGCAAUUUUUUGUAAACAAUGCCGAGGACCAAAAAGAUUUAUUGGAGUCCUGAUGCCAUCAAAAUGCUUAUGAAGCUGUACAAGGAGAAACCACACCUAUACGACUCGAAACACGAGCAUUACUUCAAUAAAGAUUUCCGCAUUGAGGCUUUUCGCCAGAUUGUCCUGGAAAUGAGAAAAAUAUACGAAAAUGUACUAAGUACUGAUAUUAAAACUAAAAUCUGCACACUGAGGAGCCAGUAUUUAAGCUAUUUGAAAAAGGAGAAGAAAAAUGGAAUGGCAAAACCGAAUUGGGUGCUCUGCGUGGAGUUCCUUAGGCCAUUUCUGAAGCCGCCCGAAAAUCAAAAAUCAUUGGAUUUGGAUAUUAAACCAGAAGCUGACUCCGAUGUCCCAAACUGUUUGAGCAACGAUGAAAGUGAAGCUGGUUCUACUUUCGAUCCACUCCUGACCGAGCCAAAACUGGACAUCGUUAAGCCCAAGAAGAUUACUUGGAGUCCAGAGGCUAUCAAAACGCUGAUUGAGCAGUACGAGAAGCGUCCGAACUUGUACGAUCCAAAGCACGAUCAGUACCGCAACAAACAGUUGAGGGCUAAAUCAUUGCGGCAGAUGGUGAAGGAAAUGCGAAAAAUAUACGAAACCAUAGACACGACAGACAUCAAAAAUAAGAUUGGAACAUUGAGGAGCCAAUACUUGGUGCAUUUAAAGAAUGAGGCAUGCUACCAGAAGAAUGGCAUGGAAACGCACGAGAGGAUGGCGCCCUUCUGUGUGAAGUACAUAGAAUUUCUCAGGCCACAUCUAAGGUACUCGGAGAGUCAGAGAAAAUCAGAGUCUGAUACAAAUAACACUGAGAUAAAACCAGAAGCUGGCAAGGAGUCACCAAGCAGCUGUCUAGGCCAGGAUCCACAUCACUUCGGGAUACACAAGACUGAGAUUAAACCAGAGAACGUCUGCCAAGUGGAGGAGGAUGAUGAUAAGUGUGAAAGUGAUUCUUCGCUGGAGUCUAACGAGACGCUAAACACAAAAAAAACCAAGAAGAUACGCUGGCAUCCCGAGUCCAUUCGAAUGCUUAUUUUGCUAUACAAGAGUCAUCCGAUCCUGUACGAUCCGCAGCACCCUGGCUACCGCUGCAAGCCUGAUCGGGCCAAGUCGUUGCAACAGAUUGUCACAGAGAUGAGAAAACUAUACGACACCAUAGACACGGCAGACAUAAAGAAUAAGUUCAGUACACUGAGAAGCCAUUACCUGUCCCUUUUAAAGAUCCAGUCAAAUUGGGGCACACUCGACAAAACAGUGCCCGCCUGGGUGGAAUACAUACAAUUCCUUAAGCCCUUUGUUAAACUCCCCAAUAAUCAGAUUGAUGAAAUAAAAUCAGAAAUAGAUUUUGAUUGUUCAAGCUUUUCACACGAUUAUGAAAGUGACACUAAUUCCGCUUGCGAUCCGUUGCUGACCUCCCACAUACAGCCCAAGGAGAUUCGCUGGGGACCCGAUGGCAUCAGAAUGCUGAUAGAGCUGUACGAGCGAUGCCCAAAUCUAUAUGAUCCGAAUCACAAACAGUAUCGGAAUAAAGUCUUGAGGGCCAAUUCUUUUCAGCAGAUUGUUAAGGAAAUGAGAAAAAUGUACGAACGCAUAGACAUGGCAGACAUUAACAGCAAAAUUGUGUCCUUGCGAAGCCAAUAUCUGCGUUAUUUGAAGCAGAAGAAAAGCAACAAGUCGACACCUUUCUGGGUGGCAUACAUCACAUUCCUCAAGCCAUAUCUAAAGUUUACUUCAGACAGCGACGACUUGAAUAUGCCAGCUGAAACUGACACAGAGGUGCCAUGUUACUUGAGCGAUUUACAAAGUGCUUCCAUGCCCACGGUCGAUCCGCUCAUGGACUCCUUGGACAAUGGUCGAACGAGCAACAAGCGCAAAUUCAAAGCCGACGUGGAGGCAUUUGGAGAGCUCAUAAAAGCCGAAAUGAACCAAAUUGAGAAUCCCAGCAAACGUCGAGAGCUACGCAUGAAGCUAUUGAAAGUCAUAGCCGAGGGCGUGGAUUAAAACGAAUCAAAUAUCUGCUGUACCUUGCCCGCCCUUACAUAUUAAAAUGUAUUAUAAUUAUGGAUUAAUUUUUAGUCACAUUUAAUGUUUUAUUUAAUGAAUAAAAAGUCAAUUAUUUAGA